AUGUUUGUCUCAGGCUUCCUUGUAGCCUCCCUGGCCAUGCUAGGCAAGGGAGUUGAAGCUGCUUUUGGCGUGACCACAACAUCUAAUGCAUAUGUCAUCGACACGGGGUCUGCGAACCCACUGCGUUACACAAUUAAUCGAUCAAACUGUGAUAUCACAUCCAUCAGCUAUUACGGAGCUGAAUUGCAAUACCAGCGCACAGGUUCCCACAUUGGUUCUGGUUUAGGUCAGGCUACUGUCACUGCUACACAGAAUGGAAAUUAUAUCAAGGUUACCUGUGAAACAUCGACCCUGACUCACUACUAUGUUGCACGUAAUGGAGAUUCCAUCAUCUACAUGGCAACAUACACCAGCGCUGAGCCGUCGAUCGGAGAGCUUCGAUACAUUGCCCGUCUCAACGCAAACUUGCUCCCGAAUGAAGAGCCAUUUGGAGUUGUUUCCAAUAUUGCCGGCGGUACGGCCAUUGAGGGCUCCGACGUGUUCAAAGUAGGAUCCCAAACGCGCAGCAAAUUCUAUUCGAGCGAGCGAUUCAUCGAUGAUCAUAGACACUGCGUAUCUGGCUCUCAACACAGGGUCUGCAUGAUCCUUAACCAAUACGAAACAUCUUCAGGAGGACCAUUCCAUCGAGAUAUCAAUACCAACAACGUUGGCGACUAUACCGGUCUCUAUUGGUACAUGAACUCUGGCCACGUCCAAACAGAACCUUUUCGAACAGGUCUGCACGGUCCAUACCUGAUGUACUUUAGUCGAAGCGGCACGCCCAGCAGUGACAUUGAUACCUCUUUCUUUGCCGACUUGGGAAUUAAGGGUUACAUUGCGGCGUCGGGAAGGGGUAAAGUCGUUGGUAAAGCCUCUGGCGCAGACUCGUCCAUGCAAUGGGUCAUUCACUGGUACAACGACAACGCUCAAUACUGGACUUAUGCUGCAUCUGGUGGAGCCUUUACCUCGCCGGCCAUGAAACCUGGCGCAUACACAAUGGUCUAUUACCAAGGCGAAUACCUCGUCGCAAAGACCUCGGUAUCCGUGAGCGCAGGCGCAACAGUGAACAAAGAUAUAUCAGGGUCAGUCAAGACCGGCAAUACGAUUUUCAGAAUUGGUCAAUGGGACGGAAGACCAACAGGCUUCCUCAACUCCGAAUCCCAACUCCGCAUGCAUCCAACCGACCAACGCAUGUCCUCCUGGACACCCCAACCCUUUACCAUCGGCUCGUCCCCGACAUCCUCCUUCCCGAUGGCCCUCUUCAAAUCCGUGAACUCGCCCCUGACCAUCAGAUUCACCGCCUCGAGCUCGCAGACCGGCGCUGUCACGCUACGCAUAGGCACGACGCUCUCUUUCGCAGGCGGACGGCCGCAGGUCACCGUCAACGGAUGGACAGGUCCCAUACCGAGCGCGCCGACAAAUUUAAAAAGUCGGGGUGUGACGCGCGGGGCGUACAGAGGGUUAGGAGAAAUUUACAAUGUGAAUGUCCCGGGGGGUGUGAUCAGGGAGGGUGGAAAUGAGAUAACAAUCUCAAUAGUCUCCGGAAGUUCAGGGGACCAAUUCCUCAGUCCAAACUUUAUCUUCGACUGUGUGGAGCUAUUCAAAUAG